GUCACCAGCAAUCCCAUGACAGUUCAGCAGCUGGGACCUCCUUCACCUACAGCAAAUCAGCUUUCAACAGCAUGCAGCCACAUCUCCCCUAGCUCACAAAGGUCUAUGGAUGCUUCCAGCCUGAGUGCUUCUCCAUCACAUACAAGGUCACUCUUGUCAUGUGAGUCUCUGGCCUCUACAACGUUAAGCUUGUCAGAAAGUCACCCACCUCUGAGUGUUGAACAAGAGUGGUCACAUAGGUACAGGACACUUUCUUCUGUUCCACCUGACCACAGUUUACAAAAUGACAGUGAGCUGGGGGACUUAAUAAAUUUUUCGCCUGAAUCAUCUAUGUCUAGUAACUCAUUACUGUCCUACUCAUAUGAUAUGGAAAAUAAGAAUUCCCCUUACUCUAGUCCUUGCCAGUCCUCAGCCUGGUCUCAGUCAGCCCGCCCCAAGAAGAGAGCACUCUCUCUAUCUCCUCUGUCUGACGGCAUUGGGAUCGAGUUCAAUACAAUUAUUCGUACAUCCCCAACUUCUCUGGUGGCCUACAUCAACAGCUCCAGGGCAUCGCCAGUAAGCAUCUGCCCACAGCCUGAGGUCUAUGGGCAUUUUUUGGGAGUGAGAGGAAGCUGUAUACCCCAAAACUGUUCUGUUCCAACUGCCCAGAGAGGCUUCCACAUGUCGAAUGGCAAUGUCCCUUUUCCAGGGUAUGUUGAGAAUGGGACAGGCGAGUACCAUCGAAUGCAGCAGCUGGAGCAGGCCAGCUUGCAGAUGGUAGCUACAAAUAACAUGGUGAUCCAGCAGGGUGUGCUGCCCGUGGACAGCCAGGUGACGGACAUCCUGAAAAAUGAACAUCUGGAUGACUUCUCAGGCCCUACUGUUGACAUGCCUCUUUCACCCCUGGUGCUGCCACCAGCUGCUCCGCAGGGGCCGCCCCCGCCGUACCGCGCUCCCCAGCACAGCCUCCCCAGCCGCCUGCACCCGCCUGCCGCCCCGGGCGCCCAGCUGCAGGACGAUGGCCAGCUGGACCAUCUCAGUGGCAAGCACGGCUGCUGCUGGGUCGACUGCGGGAAGCUGUACGACCAUCGAGAGGAGCUCGUGCGGCACAUAGAGAAGAUCCACAUAGACCAGAGGAAGGGAGAGGACUUCACCUGCUUCUGGGCUGGCUGCCCUCGAAGGUUCAAGCCAUUUAAUGCCCGCUACAAACUGCUGAUUCACAUGAGAGUCCACUCAGGAGAGAAGCCGAACAAAUGCACAUUUGAGGGUUGCAAGAAAGCCUUUUCCAGGCUAGAAAAUCUCAAGAUUCACUUAAGGAGCCAUACGGGUGAGAAGCCGUACCUUUGCCAGCACCCUGGCUGCCAGAAAGCAUUCAGCAACUCCAGCGACCGUGCCAAGCACCAGAGGACACAUCUGGACACUAAACCUUAUGCAUGUGAAAUUCCAGGAUGUACUAAGCGAUACACAGAUCCAAGUUCCCUGAGAAAACAUGUGAAAGCCCAUUCUUCCAAAGAUCAACAAGUCAGGAAAAAGUUGCGAUCAAGCUCAGAGAUUGGCCAGGACAUCCUGAAUGACUGCCUUGCAAUCCAGCCCCUCCAGCCAGCCUUGUCACCACAUGAUGCUGUAGAUAAUACCAUGGGACACUCCCCAGGGCCUGCUUGUGAUAUUUACCCAGCAGCUGUGAUCCCCAGCACACAGAUAAAUCAAAGUGGAGCAGCAGCUGGGGCAGUGUCCUUGUCCCACGCCAGCAGCCACUCUUCCCCAGGACACAAUAUACAGGGCAGUCCUCUGCAUCCUCCCCAGAUACCUCUUCUCACAGCUGCAGACUCAGAGAGAUUUGUUGCUCCAGCUCCUUCUCCUCAUCACAUCAGCCCCCAGACAAUGUCAGUUCAACAACCCAUGAUGCAGAGACAGACUCCACAACCUCCUCAGCUUCCACAACUUGCAGGGAUGCCUCUGAAGACAUACCAACCAGCAGAAAGCCCUUCUUUUCAGCCAAAUGCCCUUCACAUUCAGGGUUUCUGUGGGCAGCUUCAGACUUUCUGCCCUCCACAUUAUGCUGACACUCAGAAGAACAUACAAGACACUGUUUCUUGUGAUAUGGCUCCUCCAGUUGACUGCUCAGCUCUCACAUCAGCAGGCCAGGCAGGGCUUGGCAUUUUCCAUCGAAGUUUUUCAGAUCAUUCUGGUAUCAAAGUGUAUGACUUUCCAGCAGGGUCUGUAGGUAUCUUUGGUGAUUCAGCCUGCAGCAUGCCAGAUGACAGCAGUUUCCUACAAGUAAAUGCAGUGGAUCAUUGUUCCAGCCAGCUUUCUUCUGUAUACACUGAAGGAUAAAGUAAUGUAUAUCUAGCUACAAGAACUUGAUUCUGUUUCAUCUUGCCCUUCUUUUAUUUCCCUACAAUUUUUUUCUCUCCAUGAAACUGCCACGUAUGUAUGGGGAUAUGACUAAAUAUACAUACAUAAUGGAGAGGAACUGCAAGCAGCCAACUGAGAAUAAUUGGAGAAAGCAAGCUUUGCCAAAACCUUAGUAAUUGUUUCUUUUCUUCUCAUCUGUGGUACAGCAACUAUACUUUUAAAAUUAUUUCUUAUUUUAAUUUCUCAAAGGGAAUUCAGAGACCAAAUAAGAAAACUGGUUGUUGGGUAUAAUCUUUUCAAGCUGAAUGGGUGCACUUACAAAAGAAGACAGCUUUAGAAAAUUCCUUUUCCAAAAAAGGAAAAGAAGCAAAACCAGAGCAUACCACAAACAGUUCAAAGGCAGACAGUUUUUGCACAACCUGUCUGCAUAUGAUACUUCCAAAGUUUAACACACACCAGUAUCUAGAAGGGAGAGAAAUUUGACAUACGUUGGCACUACCUAUUGGAGGCAUUGGUGUGGCUUCUUUUUGGAUCAAACGUUGUUGGUAGAGGAUUUCUUACAGUCCUCAGGUUAGGUGUCCUUUCCUUCCCUCUUUAUUUUAUGCCAUACAAUAUAGCUAUUACUGUUUUCCCAAUAGUCAUUCUGACCCUUUAAGCAUGAAUAAGAAGGUUUAAAUACACAAGAAGUUAUGUGGACUUUGUCUCUAUUUAACACAUCUGCCAGAUUAGCAUAAAUAUAUUUUAACUUUCAGUUGCUUUUUAAUUAGAUUGUAGAGCAUUGUUGCUGUAUGUACUAUAGUCUCCUGCAGGAUGGUUUAAAAUA